CCUGAAAGUUGAAACACCAAUUGUGUAUUUCCUCUCACAAUCUCUCUGAUCUCUCUUCAAAAGGAGAUUAUCACUGGCAUUUCUGAAUUUUGUUCCAAAGAGAACGAACAGGAAGAAGUAAAAAAUGAAGCAAGCUACAGUAACCAUGGAGGUCAACGACGGCGUGGCGAUCGUCGCCAUAUCCAACCCACCCGUCAAUGCGCUCGCGCUUACAAUUUUUGAUGGAUUGAAGGAGAAGUUUACUGAAGCCAUGAGGAGGAAUGACGUUCUAGCAGCUGUUCUGUGCGGCAACGGCGGUAAAUUCUCUGGCGGCUUCGACAUAAAUGUUUUUGAGAUGGUGCAUAAGUCAGGAGAUGUUUCUGUCUUACCUGAUGCAUCUAUUGACAUCUUGGUCAAUAUAAUAGAAAAUGCAAAGAAGCCUAUUGUUGCUGCCAUGGAGGGGCUUGCACUUGGAGGUGGCUUAGAACUCGGCUUGGCGUGCCAUGCACGUGUUGCUGCACCUAAAGCACAACUUGGUCUUCCUGAACUGACUCUUGGAGUUAUUCCUGGUUCUGGAGGCACACAACGACUUCCACGGCUGAUAGGUUUGCCGAAAGCUCUUGAAAUUAUGCUGUUAUCUAGGACGAUAACAUCGGAAGAAGGAGAGAGGCUUGGCCUUGUUGACGCUGUUGUACCUUCAGAGGAAUUGCUGAAGGUCUCUCGACAAUGGGCGUUAGACAUUGCAGGGAGGCGCAAACCAUGGAUACGUUCUCUUCAUCGGACAGAUAAAGUUGGUGACCUGCUUGAAGUGCAUGAUAUUAUAAAAGCUGCUCGACAACAUGCUAAACAGACUGCAAAACAUUUGCCUCAACACCAAGCAUGUCUUGACGUGAUUGAAGAAGGAAUUAUUCAUGGUGGAUAUCAUGGAAUUCUGAAGGAAAUUCUUUCAAUAAGAUCGACUAUGAUACCAGACAUUGGCUUCUAUCUAAAUAUGGCUGGUUUUCUUAUCUUUCUGGGACGAGGGCUUUCCCAUGAAGACACAGGAAAGCGAAGCCUAUAUGUUAUUGGCACAAAUAUUUUAAACUGUGCUGAACAAAGUAAGACUCUUGAUGUCAGUUUCAUGGAGUCAAAGGUAUUCAAAGAGCUUGUCUUGACAGACACUUCUAAAGGUCUAGUGCAUGCUUUUUUUGCUCAAAGAGCAACAACAAAGGUGCCCAAUGUUUCUGAUAUUGGACUUAGUCCAAGACGACUUAAGAAAGUUGCUGUCAUUGGUGGAGGGCUAAUGGGCUCCGGCAUAGCUACAGCUCUGAUCUUGAGUGAUAUAUACGUUAUUCUCAAAGAAAUCAAUUCCGAAUAUCUUCUCAAGGGGAUGAAGGCUGUAGAAGUGAAUAUCCAGAAUUUGGUGUCACGGAAAAAGUUGGCACGUGAUAAAGCGGAAAAAGCUCUUUCGAUAUUUAAAGGCGUUCUGGACUACUCUGAUUUCAAGGAUGUGGAUAUGGUUAUUGAGGCUGUUAUAGAAAACAUAUCCCUGAAGCAGAAAAUAUUUGGUGAUCUUGAGAAGGUUUGCCCGCCUCACUGUAUCUUGGCUUCAAAUACUUCUACUAUUGACCUCAAUAUAAUUGGAGAGAAGACCAAAUCACAAAGUCGGAUAGUGGGUGCACAUUUUUUCAGUCCUGCUCACGUGAUGCCACUCUUGGAGGUUGUACGGACUGAGAAAACUUCUCCACAAGUAAUUCUGGAUCUAAUGACUGUUGGGAAGGCCAUAAAGAAAGUUCCUGUUGUAGUUGGAAACUGCACUGGCUUUGCAGUCAAUAGGACAUUCUUUCCCUACAGUCAAAGUGCACAUCUUUUGGUUAACAUGGGUGUGGAUGUUUUCAGAAUUGAUCGGCUUAUCCACGACUUUGGUCUUCCAAUGGGUCCAUUCCAGCUUCAGGAUGUUGCAGGAUAUGGAGUAGUUGUUGCAACAACAAAAGAAUUUUCUUCGUCGUUUCCUGAUCGAACUUUUCAAUCUCCACUGGUUGAGCUUCUCUUGAAAAAUGGGAGGAAUGGUAAAAAUAAUGGAAAAGGAUAUUAUAUCUAUGAGAAAGGAAGCAAGCCAAAACCUGACCCUACUGUGCUCCCAAUAAUUGAAGAAUCUAGGAGGCUUACCAACGUCAUGCCCGGUGGAAAGCCCAUAUCUGUUAGCGAUGAAGAAAUUGUUGAGAUGAUCCUCUUUCCCGUGGUUAAUGAGGCAUGUCGAGUUUUAGAUGAUGGCAUAGUUGUCCGUGCGUCCGAUCUUGAUGUUGCCUCUAUUCUUGGCAUGAGUUUUCCAUCUUAUCGUGGCGGUCUUAUUUAUUGGGCGGACACUAUUGGAGCACAUCACGUGUACAGAAGUCUCCAGAAAUGGUACAAAACAUAUGGGAAUUUUUUUAAACCAUCAAGAUUCUUAGAAGAAAGAGCAACUAGAGGCAUCCCAUUGAGUACACCACCUGGUUCCACACCUUCAAUAGCUAGGCCACGUCUAUGAUAAUGAUAUACUCGUGAUCCAGUUCAGGUGUGAUGGGAGAAAACAUCUUUUUUUCGCGAGUGACAAGUGUUAUAAUAAUGGUUAGUGACAAUACAUCAUCAAUAAGAAUAACAUCACUAGCUUCUUUAGACUUUCCUCACUUAAACAACCCCUCAAUGUCCAGAAACAAUUUGUCAGUGUCUGGAAGAAACAAUAUUCACAGUGAUUUUACUUUGACCUUUGCAGUCGUGUGUACUUCAUGUGUGUGAGAUAUUAAUAUUUGAUCAUCUUCAUAUUUUGUUAUGAGAAUUCAUAUUUUGUUAUGAGAAAUGUAGUUUUUGUGUCGAUUUAGGUACAAAACCUAUGGGUGGAUUUGUCUGCGUGCAUUUGCAUGCUGGAUGAAUGCUACAUACUUCAUG